AUGUCUGCAUCAAAGGUUCUUUUGCUGGGGAGCGGGUUUGUUGCGAAGCCCACGUUGGACAUUUUGGCCAAUUCUGGCAUUCAGGUUACUGUUGCUUGCAGGACCCUCGAGAAGGCUCAGGAGUUUGCCAAGGGUGUUGAGAACGCUUUCCCAAUCUCUCUCGACGUCGCAAACACCAGUGCUCUUGACGCUGAGGUUGCUAAGCACGAUCUCGUCAUCAGCUUGAUCCCCUACACCCACCACGUACAGGUCAUCAACUCCGCCAUCAAGAACAAGAAGCAUGUCGUAACAACCUCCUACGUCUCCCCCGCCAUGGCCGAGCUCAACGCCGCCGCCAGGGAGGCCGGCAUCACCGUCAUGAACGAGAUUGGUCUCGACCCUGGUAUCGACCACCUCUACGCCGUCAAGAUGAUCGACGAGGUCCACAACGCCGGCGGCAAGAUCCUCUCCUUCCUCUCCUACUGCGGUGGUCUUCCCGCCCCCGAGGUCUCUGGCAACCCGCUCGGAUACAAGUUCUCGUGGUCUUCCCGCGGUGUGCUCCUCGCCCUCCGCAACAGCGCAAAGUACUACAAGGACGGCAAGAUCGAGGAGAUUGCGGGCGAGAAGCUCAUGGAGGCUGCCAAGCCGUACCACAUCUACCCCGGCUUUGCGUUUGUGGCCUACCCCAACCGUGACUCGUCGCCGUACAAGGAGCGCUAUGGAAUCCCAGAGGCAGAGACCAUCAUCCGUGGUACGCUCCGCUAUGCGGGCUUCCCCGAGUUUGUGCGCACGUUGGUGGACAUUGGGUUCUUGUCGGAUGAGCCGGCCGACUUCUUGAAGGAGUCGAUCCCGUGGAAGACGGCGGUGGCCAAGAUCUUGGGGUCGAGCUCCGAGAAGGAGGAGGAUCUCGUCUGGGCCAUUGGCAGCAAGACCAAGUUUGCCGACAACGAGGAGAAGAACCGCAUCAUUGCCGGAAUGAAGUGGCUCGGUCUGUUCAGCGAGGACAAGACUAUCCCCCGUGGUAACCCGCUGGAUACGUUGUGUGCUACGCUGGAGCAGAAGAUGGAGUAUGGGCCCGGCGAGAGGGACAUGGUUAUGCUCCAGCACAAGUUUGUGAUUGAGCUUGCUGAUGGAAAGAAGGAAACCCGCACUUCUACCCUCAUCGAGUACGGUGAUCCCAACGGCUACAGCGCCAUGGCCCGCCUUGUCGGUGUCCCCUGUGCUGUUGCUGUGAAGCAGGUCCUUAACGGAACCAUCUCUGAGAGGGGUGUGUUGGCGCCCAUGGACGCCAAGAUCAACGACCCGUUGAUCAAGGAGCUCAAGGAGGAGUAUGGCAUCGAGUGCAUUGAGGCCACUGUUGCUUAG